AAAAAAAAAUCCCCAUUUUUAAAAAAAAACAAAAAACAACAAUACCCACUACCCCCCUUUUUUCUUUCUCUCUCUCUCUUCUUUAUGUUUCGUCAAUUAUCUAAAAUCACCUCGAAAUAUACAAGCUCUUUAUUCUCACAUUAUUAUCACCAAGACCCAAUCACACCCAAUUUAAUCGAAUCUUGGUUAAAAGAUACUCAAGCGGGUCUCGUAAGCUUGUUUCUCCAUGUAAUAAAUAAAUAAAUAAAAAUGUAUUGUUUAACACCCUAUAGGAUGCUCUUUUAAAUGAUCAAAUGAUGUCUGCCGAAGAUAUCUUUUCUUCUUCUUCUUCUCCUUUCCAUGCCUUUGGUCAUGCUUUACUCAUUUAUGCUAAAGCCAUGCUCUCCACUAUGGAACGCUCCAAAAUAGAUCAAGCCAUCGAUUCCGUCGCAAACGUUCAAUUCCUUCUCAAACGCAUUUUAUCUUCCACCGUUCGAAUAAAGAAACAUCAUGGAAAACAAUCCACUCUACAUCCUUCCUUUUCCGCGCCUAGUCUUGAUCAUUAUGCUUCCACCACCCCCUCCACCACAACCACAACCACAGCUACCACAACCGACUUGCAGCUGGAAUUAAUGUACGCAAAUUGCAUCCUCAUGUCCGCCACACUUCAGUUUUUAAAGGAGAGCUGGAUCGAUCAUCUGAAAGCUGCGUAUGAAUUACGCAAGGCUUACAAAAUGUAUGAACGUUUAUUUGAAACUGUCACGGGAAUGACACUGGUGGAAUAUGACAGGGAGAAUAAACCUUCCAGAGUGAGACGUACUGUAUCCUUAUACCACAAUAACGACAAUGAUGACGUGCUGGAUGAAACAGUUGAGCAUGGCGCCUACUUUGGUAUUGGCUUAUUUAAUGUCAUUUUUUCCUUAUUACCCAUCAAAGUAAAGAAAAUAUUGAACGGUUUAGGAUUUCAUUCUUCCAGAAGAACAGCGAUUCAAUUAUUACAAAAGGCUCAUGGGAGUGAAACCAUGUAUUCGUCUCUCAGUGCACUGGUGCUACUGAUAUUUUACACGGACAUCUCGACAUACCUCUACCCACACAUUAAUACGCUCUUCACACACGAGGAAGCCACAACUUUACUCCAACGCAUGAAAUCUCAAUACCCCAGCGGAUACAUCUGGAUCCUCCUCGAAGGCAAACUAAACCGCAAGGGCAGCAUCCGACUAUUCGAGCAAGUGAAAAAUGCUAACCACGGAUUUGAAAAGCAAAGUAUGAACGUUGAUUUUCGAACCGUAUCGAUUACGGAAUUAUCCCAAUUUCGAUCGUUGACGCUGUAUGAAUUAGGCUGGUCCUAUAUAUUGGCGGGGGAAUAUGUGCAAGCAUGUGAAACUUUCUUUUGUCUGAUUAGUGAAAGCACUAGUUGGUCUCGCGUGUUUUAUCAUUACUUGGCCACUUGUUGCAUGUUGGCCAAUCAAUCCUAUGAUAAAUCUAUUCUUGAAAUCAGACAAAUUGUGCUACUUUUAGACUCACAAAAGAAAUUAUCCGUACAGGAUCAGUUUGCAGAGGCCAAGAUCCGCCAUUGGUUGUCCAGCGAAAAAAAUGGAUCGCUAAGAGAGACAUUACAGUCCAUGGUCAUACAUCCGCUUUGGGAACUAGUGUAUCUAUGCAACGGCGUAGGCGAUUUUUGUCGAUCGAUACGUGAGGAGAUCGAACUUCAUGAAGGGGUGGACCCGUUCUUGUUUCUGUUACAGGGUGUGAUUGCAAGAGAUCAUCGAGGCGAUACCGAACUGGCCUUGAUGUGCUUCCAUAAAACGUUGACGUUUCAGUCGAAUUGGAUACCUUAUGCCAUGUAUGAAAUUGCAGUAACUCAUGUCGUGCUUUUUCAAAAGGGUCAAAUCCUCCUUGAAGACCACCAAUCAAGUGUGACAGAUUGGAUUUUAUGCAUUGAAGAGUUUUAUCAAACGACAUCUCAGAUAGAAUGGGAUACACGAAUGCAACUCAAAUGUCAAUUAUUGACCGAGUCUUGUUAUUUUUGAGAGACCUCUAUUUGUAAAGUCUCCACUAUACAUAUAUUAUUAAAAAAAAAAAAAAAGAAAAAAAAA